CCCUUUCCUUUAUCUUUCCUUCGUCGAUCUGUCGUUAUCAUAAUCUUUAACCCUCACCAAAUAAAUCCAAAAACCAACAUUCUUUUCUUUUCCUCGCAAACAAACCCACAUUUCAUCUUCCUCUUCCUCUUCAACAAUACCAUUCAAUUCAACUUGUCUCUUUUGGAUUCAUGGACGCUUCUCAAUGGAAACUGGAAGCUAUUAAUAAUAAUAAUAAUAAUAAUGAUCAAGUAGAAGAGAGGAAGGUAAGGCCACAAGAACAACAACAAGGUCAAGCUCAACCUGCAGGUGGUCCUCUCAACUGUCCAAGAUGCAAGUCAAGCAACACAAAGUUCUGCUACUACAACAACUACAGCUUAACACAGCCAAGAUACUUGUGUAAGGCUUGUAGAAGGUACUGGACUCAAGGUGGCUCCCUCAGAAAUGUCCCUGUUGGAGGUGGUUCAAGAAAGAACAAAAGAUCCACCAUAUCUUCUUCUUCAUCAUCCAUCACCACUGAUCAAGAUACUCAACAUCUUAACUUGUCUUUCCAAGUCCAACAACAAGACUAUCAUCAUCCUCAUAAUCAUGGUUUCUCUCAGUUUCUAAAGCUACCCAAGGUUGAAAAUAGUAGCAACCAACUAAUUUAUCCCUUCGGUUCAAAUUCAAAUCCAGUGUUGAAUGUCCAAGUGGAUGAGAAUGGAGGGUUUCAAGAAAUAAUGUUACCAUUUGGAGUCAUGAUGAACCAACAACACCUUUCAUCAACAAGAACAAUAAGAGAUCAGGGUGAUGGUCAAAACAUGGGUUCCACUGGAUACUGGACUUCAACUUUUCUGGGUGAUUAAUUAAUUAAACCAAAUUAUAUGCAAGUUUAAUUGAAUUGUUUAAUCUUUCUUUGCUAAUGCAUAUGAUAUUUGAAUGG